AUGAAAACUUACAAAGCAUUUCAAGUAAUUGAAAAAGAAGCAAAACAAUUUGAAAGAAAAGUUGUUGAAAUGGAAAAACCUAAGAUUGAGUCGGGUCAGGUUUUAAUCAAGGUACAUUUUUCUUCGAUUAACUACAAAGACUUUCUCUCCUCCAUCGGCAACAAGGGAGUAACCCGUAAUUACCCCCAUGUUCCUGGAAUUGAUGCAUCUGGCGUGGUAGAAGAAAGUCAAUCCGCAGAUUUUCCACCUGGCACCGAGGUGAUUGUCACAGGCUUUGAUUUGGGAAUGAAUACUGAUGGGGGCUUUGGAGAAUACAUCCUUACUCCUCAAGAGUGGGUAGUGAAAAAGCCGGAUGGGUUGAGUUUAGAAGAAGCCAUGAUUUACGGAACAGCAGGCUUUACAGCUGCACAAUGCAUCGAAGCUAUUUUAGGCAAUACUGACCAUGAGCAACUCAUGUCCAAGGAGGUUGUCGUUACAGGAGCAAGUGGGGGAGUUGGAAGUCUUGCAGUGAUGAUCCUGUCUCACCUCGGCUACUCGGUUCAUGCCCUUAGUCGAAAGGAGGGGGAUUUCCUUAAACAAUGUGGUGCGCAAGCUGUCGCAUCACCAUCCGAUUGGCAAGCGGGUUUGGAUGAGAAGAAACCUCUUCUCCAGGAGCAGUGGUCAGCAGGAGUCGAUACAGUAGGGGGAAGUAUCCUUAGCGAUGUACUUCGAACAUCGGGCUAUCGUUCAACAAUUGCUUGUUGCGGAAUGGUUGCGGACAUUAAGCUCACUAGUAGUGUUUUUCCAUUCAUUCUGCGUGGCGUAAAACUUUAUGGGAUUGAUAGUGCGAUGUGUCCCAUUAAUCUAAAAAAACAAAUAUGGGAUCGCUUAGCUACCAAUUGGAAACCUCAAAAGCUUCAUGAUCUUAAAAAAGUGAUUGGAUUGGAUGAAUUAGAAGCAUCUUUAAUGCUCAUGAAAGAAGGAAAAUCUCAAGGGAGAAUUGUGCUUCGUCACAAUAUUUGA